CAUUGUCGUCUGCACCACCCCCACCACCCCACAUCGCACCAACAGCAACAAUGGCCAAGGACGCCGAGCUCAAGGAGGAGAAGAAGAAGAAGCGCAAGUCCGAGGUUGCCGACGUUGCCGACGACGUCGAGGACGACAAGGCCGCCAAGAAGGCCAAGAAGGAGAAGCGCAAGUCGCUCGCUGCCGACGAGUCUGGUGACAAGAAGGGCGAGUUCGACGUUCCCCCCGAGGCCAUCGCCCCCAUCGCUGUCCCAUUGGCCGACAAGAAGCUCUCCAAGAAGCUCUUCAAGACGGUCAAGCGGGCAUCGAAGGCGCGCCAGCUCAAGCGCGGUGUCAAGGAGGUCGUCAAGGCCCUCCGCAAGGGCGAGAAGGGCCUCCUCCUCCUCGCCUCCAACAUCACCCCCAUCGACGUCAUCUCGCACCUCCCCGUCCUCGCCGAGGAGACCAAGGGCAUCGAGUACUGCUGGGUCCUGAGCAAGGAGGAGCUCGGCGCCGCCUCGGGCACCAAGCGCGCGACCUCGUGUGUCCUCGUCUGCUCGGCACCAGCCAAGAAGGGCAAGGACGCCAAGGCCCCCUCGGCCGAGGAGAUCGCUGAGUGGAAGGAGGGUCUCGACGAGUGCCUCACCGAGGUCAAGGCCCUCGAGACCGCCCCCGCCUACUAGGUGCUGGGAGCGACAUUCUUGACAUCAUCAGAGACGUAGAGAUACCCCUGUGGGUUGUACGAUAGGCGUAUGAACAAAAUACCAG